AUGUCGGUCCAAGGAGAGACUGUUGACUUGCCAGUGCGCCAGAAGCAGCAAAAACAGCAACUCAGUAAUGGAAUGGAACACAUGCGACAAUAUGUGACCAUCUCAAAUCCUGCAUCUCCCGCAGCAGCAGCAGAAGGAGAAGAUGCAUAUGGAGUGCCGGCCACAUACGAACCGGUCAGGAAGCMCACAACAGGAUCAAAAGACAACCCGGAGAAGCGCAGUGAUCCAUUCCAAUUCGGAACUAGAUAUCUGGAGGAAGGCGACGACAUCUUCAGCCACAACGCUUGGGAUCAUGUGGAAGUCGACCCUCAGUAUAGUGAAUUCAUCGAGCAGCAGACUCUCUUCCAAAAAGAGAACCAGGUGUCUGAUUUUGACAAGAAACGUUUCAACGAGAAGCCCGAGAAGUGGUGGGAUAAGUUCUACAGCAACAACCAGGCCAACUUCUUCAAAGAUCGCAAAUGGCUAGUCCAGGAAUUCCCGGUGCUUGGAGAGGUCACGCAAGAAGGCUACGGACCAGUGACCGUUCUGGAGGUGGGAGCUGGUGCAGGAAAUACGGCAUUCCCCGUCCUCACCUUGAACUCAAACCCCGACCUGAAGCUCCAUGCAUGCGACUAUAGCCAAAAAGCAAUCGACAUAAUCCGCGCACAGCCUGCCUACACCGAACAGGCUGGCAAAAUUUUACAAGCCGAUGUCUGGGAUGCCGCUGGAACUGAUCUCCCACCAGGCUUAUCGGAAGGUACCGUAGACGUCGUAGUGAUGAUCUUUAUCUUUUCUGCUUUGUCGCCUGAUCAGUGGACGCAAGCCGUCAGCAACGUGUGGAAACUCCUCCGACCAGGCGGUGAAGUACUCUUCCGGGACUAUGGACGUGGCGAUCUCGCUCAAGUACGGUUCAAGAAGGGUAGAUAUCUGGAUGAGAAUUUUUACGUGCGUGGAGAUGGCACGAGGGUCUACUUCUUCGACGAAAUGGAGCUUCGCGAUAUCUGGUCUACAGGGACACGCUCGCAAAGCGCGGUAGGCGAGAAGGAUCACGCCGACGUGGUCAGGGAUGAUGCUGCUGGUCCCGAGCCUACGGCAAGCUUCGAAAUCAUGAAUUUGGCCGUCGAUCGGCGCAUGCUGGUCAAUCGCCAGCGUAAGCUCAAGAUGUAUCGAUGCUGGAUGCAAGGCCGCUUCAGGAAGCCGUCGACGGAAUUGAGUGGUAGUGACCAUCUCGAUACCAAGAAAGUACCUGCCGAAAGUUGA